GAAAACCAUAAUAUAAUUUCAAUCAAUCAAUUGUAAUUAAAAAAAAAAAAAGCCAUAUAAUUUAUAGACUGCAUAUGGGAAGCCACACAAGUCAUUAGUUCAAUAUGGUUUCCUCAAGCUCUCAUUCAUUACUUUCUCGAAUUACUCUAGUAAUCAUCACCAUUAACCUAAACACUCAAUUAAUCUUUGCUCAGCCACGUUACCUGUCCAAGUUUUGUUUUCCCAACGAAGGCAACUACACCACCAACAGCACUUACCGCACAAACCUCAACAGACUUCUCUCCACUUCUCUCCUCUCCAACGGUAACGGCCACGGCUUCUACAGCUCCUCCUCCACCCAAAACGACCUCGAAAGGAUCUGCGCAAUCGGGCUCUGUACAGGAGACAUUAACCCCGAUGCUUGCGGUAGUUGCCUCAGUAACUCUACAAUCUUCAUCGCACAAGCUUGCCCUAACCAAAAGGUGGCAGUUCUAUGGCGGGAGGUUUGCAUGCUACGCUACUCAAACCGCUCCAUACGUGGCUUCAUGGAAGCCGGUGCGAUUUUCUAUACCACGAGCUCCGGCAACAUGUCGUCAUCUAACGUCGGAAGGUUCAACCGGCAGCUCAUGACCCUGCUGGAAAGAUUGAGAGGUGAAGCAGCGGCUGGUGGCGAUCUUGUUAAGUUUGCAGUUGGAAACGUUUCGAAAAAUAAUGUUAUUUCUCAGACGAUAUAUGGACUUGCUCAGUGUACACCGGAUUUGACUGAGCUCGACUGUAACAAUUGCUUAGUAUCAAUUGCUGGUGACAUCCCACAGUGCUGUUAUGGGAAGCUUGGUGGGAGACUUGGUACACCCAGCUGUUAUAUAUAUAAAUAUAUCAGCCCACUUCUACAUUGGGAUAUAUACCUUCAAGCUUUGCAAUUCGAUUUUGCCUCCAUUAGAGUUGCCACAAAUAACUUUUCUGAAGAAAAUAAGCUCGGAUGGGGUGGAUUUGGUGAUGUUUACAGGGGGACGCUUCUCAGUGGAGAAGAUAUAGCAGUGAAAAGACUAUCUACGGAUUCUGCACUAGGAGAUUUGGAAUUUAAAAAUGAGGUCUUGUUAGUGGCCAGGCUACAACACCGCAAUUUAGUUAGGCUCCUUGGUUUUUGCCUGGAAGGAAAUGAAAGGCUUCUUGUCUAUGAGUUUGUCCCUAACGCAAGUCUCGAUCAAUUCAUAUUUGAUCCAAUCAAGUGCGCUAAUUUGGUUUGGGAGAGUCGCUACAAAAUCAUACUAGGAAUUGGAUGGGGGCUCCUUUUCCCUCACGAAGAUUCUCGUUUUAGAAUUAUUCACUGUGAUUUGAAAACUAGCAACAUUUUGUUAGAUGCAGAAAUGAAUGCAAAAAUUUCAGAUUUUGGCAUGACAAAGUUGUUUAUGCUUGAUCAAAGACAAGGCGAGACCAUUCGAAUUGUGGGGACCUAUGGAUAUAUGGCUCAUGAAUAUGGAUACUUUUAUGAUAAGUCCGAUGUUUAUAGCUUUGGUGUACUAGUUUUGGAGAUAAUAAGUGGACAAAAAAUGUGUUCUUCCCGCCAUGAAGAGAAUGAGGAUCUUCUAAGCUAUGCACGGAAAAAUUGGAAGGAAGGGACAGCUUCAAAUCUAAUAGAUCCCACCUUGAGAACUGGUUCAAGAACUGAUGAAAUAAUGAGAUGCAUCCAAAUUGGAUUGUUAUGGCUGCAACAAUCUAUGGCUGCAAGGCCAACUAUGGCUUCAGUUAUUCUCAUGCUUACUAGCAGCUCUCUCAGUCUCCCAGUACCCUCACAGCCACCCUUUUUUAUGAUCGAAUUGGAGAUGUCUGGUGUGGUAGGAUGA